UUGUAUCCAAACAUGACUCCCGCAGUUUCAGACAUCGCCUUUCAGGACUGAGUCCCUCAGUUCCCCAUCCGAGUCAACUCGGAAUCGCUUGAUUUUCACAGCUUCGAAGGUCCCUCAUCAUCAUUUCCGCUACGUUUUCCGCCACCAAUCGGUUCUGUUUCCGAUCAUGUCGACUGGUUCUACAUCCGCCGGCGUUUUGUCUUCUCCCGACGCCGAAGCUCUCCGGCGGAACCGAAUUCUGUCUAGCAAGCUAUACUUCGACGUGCCGCUCUCGAAGGUUCCGCUUAUCUACUCGCCUUACUAUGAUAUCGCGUUUAUGGGCAUCGAGAAGCUGCACCCAUUUGAUUCUUCUAAAUGGGGACGCAUCUGCCGGUUUCUAGUCACUGAUGGUGUUCUGGACAAAAAACAUAUAGUCGAGCCUCAAGAAGCUACCAAAGAAGAUCUUCUAGUGGUGCAUUCAGACUCAUACUUGAAUAGUCUAAAAAGCAGUUUGAAUGUCUCCAUUAUAGUUGAGGUCCCUCCUGUUGCGCUACUUCCCAAUUAUCUUGUUCAGCGGAAAGUUCUUGACCCAUUCCGCAAGCAGGUUGGAGGAACCAUCUUGGCGGCAAAACUUGCAAAAGAGAGAGGUUGGGCUAUCAAUGUUGGUGGUGGGUUCCAUCACUGUUGUGCAGAUAAGGGAGGGGGUUUCUGUGUUUAUGCAGACAUAUCUCUUUGUAUUCACUAUGCAUUUGUCCGGUUAAAUAUUUCAAGGGUGAUGAUAAUUGAUCUUGAUGCACAUCAAGGAAAUGGCCAUGAAAAAGAUUUUUCUAAUGACAGGAGAGUUUACAUUCUGGAUAUGUACAAUCCUGAGAUUUAUCCAUUUGAUUUUGAAGCAAGGAGAUACAUUAGCCAGAAGGUUGAAGUAGAGAGUGGGACCAAAACAGAUGAAUACUUGGCAAAAUUAGAUGAAGCACUUGAGGUUGCUGGGCAGAUGUUUGAUCCUGAGCUGGUACUGUACAAUGCUGGCACUGAUAUUCUAGAUGGAGAUCCAUUGGGCAGGUUGAAGAUCAGUCCUGACGGGAUAACCAUUCGCGAUGAGAAGGUUUUCAGAUUUGCUCGUGAGAGGAACGUUCCUCUUGUCAUGCUUACUUCAGGUGGUUACAUGAAAUCCAGUGCCAGAGUAAUAGCAAAUUCUGUGAUAAACCUUUCAAACAAAGGGUUGAUCAAUACACGAGGUUCCCCAUGAGGACUCAGGUUGUACCAUUUAUGUACCACUUCGCGCUCUUGUAGGCACCUUUUAACUGCCUUGUAAAUAUUGUAAAUAGGCAUGUUUGUGAAGGUGUUAGUGUCAACCUGAGAUAAGUUUAUCUUGACCCUGAUGUCUCUACUGCAGCUCACAAUGAUAGUAGAUGAAUGACACUUGUGAUUCUUGUUUUAAUAUCACUCUGUUACUUAUAGUU